GACCACGACAGAUGAUCUUCGGAGUUGUGUGUAGUGUGUGCGCUCCACUCCCGCUGGCUGCUAUGACCUAGCUACCGGACGACACUUUCAGUUUUUCCACGCUGACCUUUCCGCCUCAAACUGCAGUCCCCACACUCAACGUUACGGUCGUUUAUGGUCGCAUUACCGCCACUUUUUCAUCGUAGCUGCUGGCCUCCGGGGCUAGCUGGCUAGCAGAGAGGGGGUGACGGAGUGGAGCCAGCUGGUCGGACAGAGAAACGGCAGCGUUAGCAAACAAGCUAAUUAGCGAGAAAGACUCAGCCUGGAUUAUUGCCUUUAAUCAAAAGAGAGCACAGGUCUGCGGCUUCACCCACUGCGGCAAAAAUGAAGAUAACUGUGGAUUUCGAGGAGUGUUUGAAGGACUCCCCAAGGUUCAGAGCCACCAUAGAGGAAGUGGAGGGGGAUGUGUGCGAGUUGGAAUCCAAGCUUGACAAAUUGGUGAAAUUGUGUAUUGGGAUGAUUGAUGCUGGAAAAGCCUACAACGCAGCUAACAAACAGUUUGUUAAUGGGAUCCGGGAGCUUGCACAGCAGUCCACCAAAGAUGAGGUCAUUGAGUCCAGUCUCACAAAGUUUGCCGAGAGUCUGCAGGAGAUGAUCAACUAUCACACGAUAUUAUUCGAUCAGGCCCAGAGAUCAAUCAAGACGCAGCUUCAAACCUUUGUCAAAGAUGACCUGCGUAAAUUCAAAGAAGCCAAGAAGCAAUUUGACAAAGUGAGCGAGGAAAAGGAGACGGCGCUGAUCAAGAAUGCCCAAGCUCCCCGUAACAAGCAGCACGAGGUGGAGGAGGCCACCAACAUCCUCACCGCCACACGCAAGUGCUUCCGGCACAUUGUCCUCGACUACGUCUUACAGAUAAACGUGCUACAGUCCAAGAGAAGGUCGGAGAUCCUAAAAUCAAUGCUGUCCUUCAUGUACGCCCAUCUGACGUUUUUCCACCAAGGUUAUGACCUCUUCAGUGAACUGCAGCCUCUUAUGAAACAGCUGGGAGGGCAGUUGGACCAGCUGGUGGUGGAUGCUGCCAAAGAGAAGAGGGACAUGGAGCAGAAGCACUCCACCAUCCAACAAAAGGCUGCACUGCAGGAUUUCUCGAAUGACGACACAAAGCUGGAGUACAAUGUGGAUACAGACAACGGCAUCGCCAUGGAGGGUUAUCUGUUUAAGAGGGCCAGCAAUGCCUUCAAGACAUGGAAUAGGCGCUGGUUCACCAUCCAAAACAAUCAGCUAGUUUACCAGAAGAAAUUUAAGGACAACCCUACAGUGGUGGUAGAAGACCUGAGGCUAUGCACAGUCAAGCACUGCGAAGACAUAGAGCGUCGCUUCUGUUUUGAAGUCGUGUCACCCACCAAGAGCUGUAUGAUGCAGGCAGACUCCGAGAAGCUGCGACAGGCUUGGAUCAAAGCUGUCCAGAACAGCAUCGCCACCGCCUUCCGCGACAAGGGAGAUGACAGUGAGAAGCUGGACAGGAAGUCGUCCACAUCAACAGGGAGCCUGGACUCUGGAGGGGAGCCAAAGGAGAGAUCACUGAAAGGAGAGAGUGCCCUGCAGAAAGUCCUGGCCAUCCCAGGCAAUGUUUGCUGCUGCGACUGUGGGCAGCCGGAGCCCCGCUGGGCCAGCAUCAACCUGGGCAUCACCCUGUGUAUACAGUGCUCUGGCAUCCACAGGAGUCUGGGAGUGCAUUUCUCCAAGGUUCGUUCUUUGACUUUGGACACUUGGGAACCAGAACUGCUAAAGUUAAUGUGUGAACUGGGUAACAAAGUAAUCAACCAGAUCUAUGAAGCUCGGCGAGAGGAGCUUGGAGCAAGAAAACCACAGCCGGGAGAUCCGAGGCACGAGGUCGAGGCCUACAUCAAAGCCAAGUAUGUGGAUCGUCGAUUUGUACGCCGGCCGUCAGACGAGGAGCUUCGCAGCAAAGUGGUCUCUCUGAGCAAACAGGAGAAGAGGCUGAGCGGCAACUCUGAGCACAUGCCACCAAAAGCGCCUCCACCCACACCAAAACUUCGACCUGGUUCGAAUGCUUCAGGGCAGUCAGCUGCUGCCAGUGGUGCCGAGGCCCGCCGGGACUCUCUCUUCUGUCCUGACGAGCUUGACUCGCUCUUCUCCUACUUUGACACCUCCUCCAAGCUCAGGAGCAUAAAAAGUGCAGACAGCGGCAUCCAGAACAGUGCUGAUGGGAGCAGGGAGAUGCUGGCCACCACCCCCUCCAAUAACAGCCUGGCAGAUGCAGAACCCGCUGAGACUCCACCCAUGCCCAUGCCCGCCACACUGCCUCCUCCGUCACCCUGUAAGGAGAUGGUUUUCUAUGAGCCCAAGGAGUACAGCCCGGGUCUGCAGCUCUACUGGGCGUCCUGCGCCCGCAGCCUGCCGGACAUGGCAGAGGCGCUAGCCCACGGAGCCGAGGUCAACUGGGUCAAUACGGAGGAGGAAAAGAGGACCCCGCUGAUCAUGGCAGUGCAGGGGGGGUCUCUGGUCACCUGUGAGUUUCUGCUCCAAAAUGCAGCGAAUGUGAACCAACAGGAUGCUCAGGGCCGAGGACCCCUCCAUCAUGCCACCAUGCUGGGACACACGGGGCAAGUGUGUUUAUUCUUGAAACGAGGAGCGAAUCAAAACGCUACAGACAUUGAGGAGAAAACACCCCUGUCCAUAGCGGUGGAGGCGGCCAAUGCAGACAUUGUCACGCUGUUGCGACUAGCCAAGAUGAACGAGGAGAUGCGGGAGGCGGAGGGGCCCUACAGCCAGUCAGGAGAUGAAACGUACCAGGACAUUUUUCAGGAUUUCACCCACAUGGCCGCCAAUGACCCAGACAAGCUGAACCGCUACUAGCAGUACGCCUCGCAGCGGCCGUGACGCUGCAGAGCGCCGUCCACCCGCGGUCAGAAGGGCUGUUUUCACAAGAACAAAAAUUGGAAUGAUGUCUACUUCCCAUUCACACUCAUUCAGAAACGGCCGCAUCAAAGCCAGCGACCGUAUCUAAUGUAGCCAAAGCUCCCUUUCAUCAGUUCAUUUUCACCAAGGCGAGUGCUUCGUUCAAGUGAAGGGGAGCUUCAACAGUGGAUUUUUUUUUAAACUGUGCAUGUUAAUAGGAUGUAUAACAGUAAGUAAAUGGUACAGUGUUAAAGCCUUUGGAAGGAUUCACAUAGUCUUAAAUCAAAUGAUAAUUACACUCAGACUGAAUGUAAAGAUGCCGUCAAGGCUGUCGCUUACUUUGACUGAGUUAAAUGUUUGCUGUCACACUUUGUGACGGUGAAGGACACUUAUUGCUUUUUUUUUUUUUUUUAAUAAAGUUAAAGUUGUGGUGCAUCAGAGCUGCACAGAGAAGUAAGCCCACGGCAGACUUUUAAAGGCUCUGUUUCAUGCUUUUGUUAACUGCUUCCUCCUUUCAUUGGGACUCUCUUAAUGAGCUGCAGCAUUUUUUUUAAUGUAAGUUUUUCUUUAGAGAAUCAUCAGCAAGUGUAUAAGUGUCCGUAUGCUUUUAUGUUAAAUCACCACAGACGUUUACCAGUUUGGAUGGUGGCUUUGAAGUGUACAGUGAUCUCUGACAGCAGUAAACCCAGAAUGAAUUCACAUGUAAGGUUAAAUAGUUGAUUUGACUUGAUUUUUAAAUGCUUUUCUUUUUUAGAAAUGUAAUUUCUCACAAGUACCUGCAGUGGUUUCAAAAACCAUCGGUCAUUAUUGGGAUGAUUUAACUGUGUAGAUACAGGUAAUGCUUUAUUUUAUGGGUCAAUAAUUUUCCAGGUAUUUGUCGGUGUGACAGUGUAACGCUGUUUUUAUUAUAAUGGCAUUUUCCCAGAGUAGAUCCAUGAAAAACAAAAAGAAAAAAGUUAAUGCUGGUCAAUCCUGCCAUAGUCGAGUGGUUCAACAUUCACAGCAGCUCGACAGAAAAACAAAAGAACCUCCUGCUGUUGUAAACCAGUCGGCUAUCGAUCAUUAUAAAAGCCCUUUAAUAAGACGACAGCAGCGCGCGGUAAAAUGUGUUUUAUAGCUUAGCGGUUGUCUGUAACGUAUCUAAUGCUGCAGUCACACAAAAUACAGUGGCUGUACCAAAACGUUGCUGCGACUGUGUGCCUUUGAAAUAGGUGUAGCUUUGAGGACGGGAAGAAGAUGCUGGAGUCAGUCUGAUAUCAGUUUGUGAUUGAAUGGGGUCACGUUGGCAGUUGCAUGAAGUCGCUUACAUUUGGAGCGGUAAUUCUUCCAUAAAUAACGAUGUAGUUGCUGCAGGACGGCAAUUUAACUGCAAAAUGACACAGGUGCUCAGCAGCCUUGCUUUGAUAUAGGAAUAUAACCACGGUACAACCGGUUUAGACCAGGUGAGUCAAGUUUCCUAUUGUAAAGAUGUGCAUCACAGAUGAGUCGCCCUCACCGGUGCAGACUGACUGUAUCAUCAGCAAAUCUGUCUGAGAGCGAUUGCAGUCAGUCCGUGUCCCGGCUUUCUUUGGAGACACGCUCCCUCCCUCGUGGUCACCUAAAGGUUGAGGAUAUUGCACGCUUGGUCUUUGACACCAAAAAAUUCAGUGCAAUCAACGUGCAACUGUUGGCUUUGUUUUUUCCUCGGUGCAAGGUUGCUGUUCGGUUUGGUCGUUAGUGAAAAAUGUGAAUUCUCUGACCGGCUGACGAGUCGCUGUUGGCGGUCACAAAGGCAUCAGAUAGCUCCUUGCAGUUGCUUUGGUUGCUAGUAGAUUGCAAUUGUCGCCUAUAGUUUGCAUGGGCGGUGUAUAGUCAUCUGCAAACACCGCUGAGUUUUAGUGAAGCUCGAAAAAGUGUGACACAAACUAGAUAUGGAAAUUGUGCCUUACCACUGACUUAUUAUAAUGCUUUGAACUCAUUUCAUUAUUUUGGGCAGACUUUUUUCAAGAUUUACUACCAUUUCAAAAGUACUUAGCAUCUUCUGUGCAGACUUCAACAACUGUGGCAAUCCGCUAGCAACCAAAGCAACUUUAUAUAAUACGCAUUUGUGGUCAAUUUCGACUCGCAACUGCCAGAAACUGCUCGCCAACUCAUUGGGAAGUACACAUUUGCCCCUGACAGCGUAACUACAAAGCAGCAGACCACUAAAAAUUCUGAAAAUGAGCAUCUUCUUAUUUCAUGGAUGAAUCUAUAAGCAAUAUCAGUGCUUUUCUUUCCAAUUAGUCUGCUGUGUGUGCGUGUUUAGACCAGCUGAAUUCAGCACUGGAGUGCUGUUUCCUGCCUCUAACAAUAUACAGAAGAUGAGAUUAAAUAUAGAUCCACUGAAUGGCUGUCGCUGAAGCACAGAGGCCGAGGUUUACUCAGACAUGUAAAUGGUGCACACCGUCUCUCAUAACUAAUUAGGAGCAAACUACACCGACCCUUCAAUGAAAUUUGUUAGCAGGUUUUUGGGAAUAUAUUUUGAAAAUGACAGACCUGUAAACUCAGAGCGAUGCAGAGUAACUGGAUGUGUUAGUGAAUAAUGCACACGCUGUGGGACAUUUGUUGUUUCUGUCCUCUCGUGUGUUGAGCUGAGACAUUAACCUGAUUGAUCCAGUUUAGACGCCUCCGGGUGAGUUCAGUGAAAUCUUCAAAUACGACUUCUACAAAUUCACUGAUGGAAGUUUUGUACUGUGAGUUUCUGUGUUCCUCGCUUCUCCUGCACUUCACUUCUGUUCUCUUUGAAAGUUACACGACAUACAGUCAGAUGUUAACCGCAGAGGAAACCUGGGGCUGAUGAAACUUGGGAUACAAUUCUUGUACAUUUUGUACAGUUGCUUUUGAAUUCUCCAGAGGACUGAAGUAUAAAGUUAAAGGUACUUGAAUCAUUAAAUAAGCUUUUGUAUAUGCUGUUCUUUGUAUCGUUCAAAAAUUUUAGCCCCCUUUUUUUAAAUUGCCUGUCUGUACACCAAUAUACAUGUACUGUAUGUUAUACCUGUAAUAUGGAAGGAUUUCAAUACAUACAGACUUGAGGAUUCA